UACACAUUUAUUUUGUUCGAAUUCAAUAGUUUUUGUGCAGAGUUUGACCAGCCUAGGCCUACUCUCUUUCUACAUCAGUCUUGGGCUUUCAUAAUUCCUCUCAACUGAGAUUUCAUGGUUUACAUCGAGUUUAUCAGUAUUUUUUUCUACUCAUCACCCCCUCCCCCUCUAGCGUUGCCAAUGCGAAACAGAUAGCAGCUGUCUCUGAACACUGUCGUUCUUGAAAAACCUGUGGCACUGAGAGUCUCUUUGAUCUCCGCUUUCUCACUCUGUCUAGGUAGUCUCCAUCCAAGACCACCAACAUGUUGGACCCAUCUUCCAGUGAGGAGGAAGCGGAUGAGAUGGUAGAAGAAGAACGCAAAGAGGUGUUGGCACCAAGUACCGGGGGCGCACGGGUGUCACCCAGCCGGACCACCGAGAGUUCUGGUGGGCUCCAGCCCUCGAGCCGGGGAAGCAGUGCUCGCCCAUCCAGCCCCAGCCCCUCGGUGGCCAGCGAUAAGGAGAAAGAUGAUCUGGAAAAGAUGCAGAGGGAGGAGGAAGAGCGAAAGAAGAGGCUCCAGCUCUAUGUCUUUGUAAUGCGCUGCAUUGCCUACCCUUUUAAUGCCAAGCAACCCACCGACAUGGCCAGACGACAGCAGAAGAUCAGUAAGCAGCAGCUACAGACAGUGAAGGAGCGUUUCCAGGCCUUCCUAAGUGGUGACACCCAGAUAGUGGCAGACGAGGCCUUUAUCAAUGCAGUCCAAAGCUACUAUGACAUAUUUUUGAAAAGUGACCGUGUGUGCCGGAUGGUCCAGAGCGGAGGCUGCUCGGCCAGUGACUCGCGGGAGGUCUUCAAGAAGCACAUUGAGAAGCGUGUCCGCAGCCUGCCCGAGAUCGACGGUCUGAGUAAAGAGACUGUGCUCAGCUCCUGGAUGGCCAAGUUUGACACCAUCUACCGUGGAGAGGAGGACCCCAGGAAGCACCAGCAACGGAUGACUGCCAGCGCAGCCUCAGAGCUCAUCCUCAGUAAGGACCAGCUCUACGAGAUGUUCCAGUCCAUCCUGGGCAUCAAGAAGUUUGAGCACCAGCUCCUCUACAACGCCUGCCAGCUUGAUAACCCUGACGAGCAGGCUGCUCAGAUCAGGAGAGAGCUGGACGGACGACUGCAAAUGGCUGAUCAGAUCGCCAGGGGCGGUAGGUUUCCCAAGUUUGUUUCCAAAGAGAUGGAGGCCAUGUUCAUAGAGGAGCUGAGAUCCUCAGUGAACCUGCUUAUGGCUAACCUGGAGAGCAUGCCUGUGUCCAAGGGAGGAGAGUUCAAACUGCAGAAGCUCAAACGAGGACACAACAGCUCCAUCAUAGACAUGGGCCAGGAGGACGAGAACACACUGUCCAAGUCUGAUGUGGUGCUCUCCUUCACUCUGGAGGUGGUGAUUGUGGAGGUUCAGGGGUUAAAGUCGCUGGCGCCCAAUCGAGUCGUCUACUGCACCAUGGAAGUGGAGGGGGGGCAUAAGCUCCAGACUGACCAGGCCGAGGCCUCCAAACCAACCUGGGGGACCCAGGGGGACUUCACCACCACACACCCCCUGCCAGCCGUAAAGGUGAAGCUGUUUACUGAGAGCACAGGAGUACUGGCCCUGGAGGACAAAGAGCUGGGCAGGGUUGUGCUCCAUCCGACCCCCAACAGUCCCAAACAGUCAGAACUGCACAAGAUGUCCGUGUCCAAAGGCUGUCCUGACAGUGACCUGAAGAUCAAACUGGCCAUCCGCAUGGACAAGCCACAAAACAUGAAGCACUGUGGGUACCUAUGGGCUAUUGGUAAAAAUGUGUGGAAGAGAUGGAAGAAGAGAUUCUAUGUCUUGGUGCAGGUGAGCCAGUACACCUUUGCCAUGUGCAGCUACAGAGAGAAGAAGGCAGAGCCUGUGGAGCUGCUCACACUGGACGGCUACACUGUAGACUACACCGACCCUCAGCCAGGUCUGGAAGGUGGGAGGACCUUCUUCAACGCAGUGAAGGAGGGCGACACUGUGAUCUUUGCCAGUGAUGACGAGCAGGACCGUAUCCUGUGGGUCCAGGCCAUGUACCGGGCCACGGGCCAGUCCCACAAGCCCAUCCCCCCCACCCAGGUCCAGAAACUCAACAACAGAGCCGGCUCUGCACCCCAGCUAGACGCACCCAUCUCCCAGUUCUACGCGGACCGGGCACAGAAACACGGCAUGGAUGAGUUCAUCUCAGCCAACCCUUGUAGUUUCGACCACUCUUCCCUAUUUGAGAUGGUGCAGUGCCUCACCUUGGACCACAGGCUCAAUGACUCCUACUCCUGUUUGGGCUGGCUCAGUCCAGGCCAGGUGUUUGUCAUGGAUGAGUACUGUGCUCGUAAUGGUGUGCGGGGGUGUCACAGACACCUGUGUUACCUGGGCGACCUGCUGGAGCGGGCAGAGAACGGGGCUAUGAUUGACCCCACCCUGCUACACUACAGCUUUGCUUUCUGUGCCUCACACGUCCACGGCAACAGGCCUGACGGGAUAGGGACGGUGACUGUGGAGGAGAAGGAGCGCUUUGAGGAUAUCAAGGAGAGGCUGCGUGUUCUGCUGGAGAACCAGAUCACACACUUCAGGUACUGUUUUCCAUUUGGUCGACCGGAGGGGGCCCUGAAAGCCACUUUGUCCCUGCUUGAGAGGGUGCUGAUGAAGGAUAUCGUCACCCCUGUGCCCCAGGAGGAUGUGAAGACAGUCAUCCGUAAAUGUCUGGAGCAGGCAGCCUUGAUCAACUACCAGCGCCUCUCAGAAUAUGCCAAAGUAGAAGGGAAAAAGAGAGAAAUGUAUGAGCAUCCUGUCUUCUGCUUGGCGUCUCAAGUGAUGGAUUUAACCAUUCAGAAUGUAGGGCGCUUAGUCACCCCUGCCAAAAAGCUGGAGGACACCAUACGUCUGGCCGAGCUGGUCAUCGAGGUCCUCCAACAGAACGAGGAGCAUCACGCAGAGGGCAAAGAGGCAUUUGCGUGGUGGUCAGACCUGAUGGUGGAACAUGCAGAGACCUUCUUGUCUCUUUAUGCAGUGGACAUGGAUGCUGCACUGGAGGUUCAGCCCCCUGACAGCUGGGACAGCUUCCCUCUCUUCCAGUUGCUCAAUGACUUCCUGAGGACCGACUAUAACCUGUGCAAUGGGCAGUUCCACAAACACCUGCAGGACCUAUAUGCCCCACUGGUGGUGCGAUAUGUGGACCUCAUGGAGUCAUCCAUCGCCCAGUCCAUCCACAGGGGCUUCGAGAGAGAGUCCUGGGAGCCUGUCAAUAACGGCUCGGGGACGUCAGAGGACCUGUUCUGGAAGCUGGACGCUCUACAGACCUUCAUCAGAGACCUGCACUGGCCUGAGGAGGAGUUUGGCAAACACCUGGAGAGCAGGCUGAAACUCAUGUCCAGCGACAUGAUCGAGUCCUGCAUCAAACGGACGCGGGUGGCCUUUGAAGCCAAGCUUCAGAAGAGCAGUCGGACCACAGACUUCCGGGUGCCUCAGUCCAUCUGCACCAUGUUCAACGUGAUGGUGGAUGCAAAGGCCCAGUCAGCCAAGCUGUGUGCCAUGGAGCUGGGACAGGAGAGACAGUACCAUUCCCAAAUUGACGCUCUCAUAGAGGAGACUGUGAAGGAGAUGAUCACCUUACUGGUAGCCAAGUUUGUGGUCAUUCUAGAUAGUGUCCUAGCCAAACUGUCCAGAUACGACGAGGGCACUCUCUUCUCCUCCUUCCUCUCUUUCACAGUGAAAGCUGCCUCAAAGUAUGUGGAUGUACCUAAGCCUGGGAUGGAUGUUGCUGACGGUUACGUGACCUUUGUGCGCCAUUCUCAGGACAUGCUGCGAGAUAAGGUCAAUGAGGAGGUUUACAUAGAAAGGUUAUUUGAUCAAUGGUACACCAGCACCAUGAACCUCCUGGGUACGUGGCUAACUGACCGGAUGGACCUGCAGCUCCAUGUCUACCAGCUCAAGAUCCUAAUCAGAGUAGCCAAGAAAAAGUACCGUGACUUCCGGCUGCAGGGCGUCCUGGACUCCACGCUGAACAGUAAGAUGUAUGACACGGUGAGGAACAGACUGACCCUGGAGGAGGCCACAGCAUCGGUGAGGGAAGGAGGGAUGGCGGGUAUAUCCAUGAAGGACAGUGAUGAAGACAAUGAUGAUGUCUAGAUUAACAUCACGGGAUGAAGGAGCCAUUCGCAUCCGUCUUAACCUGUGAAUCAAUGCAUGUACUGUACCUACCAACUGUGUUAUUUUUCUCUGUCAGAUAGAAAUACCCACAAAGGAACAAAAAUACAAAUUAAUAACUGAAUACAGAAAUUAAAAUGAUAUUAGUCAUUAUAAUUAUGAAAUAUAUUUCAUUGUUUAACUAAAGUGUAGGUGUUUUUUGAAAAAAGUUAGCUGAGAUUUCUGGCUCAUUCUCCUAAAUUCACUCCUGAAUGUUUCUAAGCAAUAUGGAGAACCAUGUGUAUGUGGUGUUGAGUACAAUGAUUAGGGGUAAUGCUUGGUGUGUUGAAUGCAAACCUGUUGAGGCGCUUUGUUAACGUACUGUGAAAACAGUAAUGGUACAUCAUUGUGAGGAGGAGAGUAGGACCUCCUAUUGUUCUUAUUCCUCUCAGAGUGAAUGUCUACUGCCUAAAGGGAACCAAACCACAGUCAGACAGACAACCUGUUUGUAUCUAGGUUACAAUACAUUAUAAAACGUAGCUAUCCAUCCUCUCUUAACAACAUCAAUGUAGAAUUGACUUUUGUCGACUGAAUUCAGUACUACUACAAAAAUGUUCCCUCACUGGUAAAACAUUUAGCCCCCUUUUUAAACAAUGUCGUUGUUUUUUUUAAAUGCAAUAUUUUCAUUGUUUCGUUGUUAUAUCUUGUGGAUGUAUUUAUUGAUCAUUGUAUGUUUAAAAAAUAAUAAUAAUUAAAAAAGAUAUAUAUUUUAGUAACAGUGAGCUCCAAAAGUAUUUGGACAGUGACAAAUGUUUUGAUGUUUUGGCUCUGUACUCCAGAACUUUGGAUUUUAAUUAUCCAAUGACAGUGAGGUUAAAGUGCAGACUGUCAGCUUUCAUUUGAGGGUAUUUUCCUCCAUAUCGUGUGAACCGUUUAGAAAUUA